UAACGUACAAGCGUUGUCUCAAGCAGUUGUCUCUUCGCGCGUUCUACGGUCCCGCUGUCAAACGUAGCUUUUCCAUUUGCAGUUUAUACGAUUUGUCAAAAAGUACCUUUCAACAUGUAUGCCAAGUGUUUGCCGCUUUUACUGCUCGUGUGCGUUGUGGCCUGGGCUGAGCCAUUGCCGGCGGCACAGGAUGCCAAGGCGAGUGAUUUGGCCACUGCUGAAACCUCAGCCAAACUGUUGAACUUGGGCGGUUUACUUGGACAGGGUUCUGGUUAUCCGAACUAUGGCUACAACUAUCCCAACUAUGGAUACAACACUGGCUAUUACAAUAGACCCAACAAUGGCUACUAUCCCAGCACUGGCUAUUAUCCCGGCAAUUCAUACAAUGGCGGCAGCGGCUACUAUGGCAACACGGGCGGCAGUGGCUACUAUCCCAGCACGGGCGGAAGCUAUUAUCCCAGCACUGGAGGCAGCGGCUACUAUCCCAGCAGCGGCUACUAUCCGACGACCAAUAUACUAGGCACUGCAGGCUACGGCGGCUAUGGAGUACGACAGACAUACGGCUAGGCGCGCCAGCAGCAGUGGGUCAGAGACAGAGACACCCGCUAAGAACUUAAGCAACUGUUAUGCGUCAGCAAGCAGCUACAACAACUACAAUAACAACAAGCGGCAGCAACCGUAAUAGCAUCCCCCCUCCUCCUAAAGCGUAACAUGCACUUUACUGCAACACCAAAACUGUAAACGUCGCCCGCAUUGCCCGCUUUCAACUUUAACCGACUGCAUUCAGCACUUUGGAACGCGUGCCUCUUCUCAUGCCAAAUUUGACGCACACAUUAACACACCAACAAAGAAAAAAAUAGAAACAAACAAGAAAAAUGAUA